AUGGCUACUGCCUUGCCACCGUCGACCUGGAUACAGGCCCUACCUGUCAGACUUCAGCGCUUCCUCGGAACCCAACACCCUUCAUCUAGCAGCUCUGACCAAGCUUCAACACCCAAGAAUCAGACGGAAGUUGCGGCCGACCACGACGACGAAUGGGGAGAUUGGGUCAUUCCAACGCCUGAGUGUGAAGAGCAAGUGAAGGAUGCUCCGGUCUUGGUUGGAGAGCUCGUAGAGGACGAAGUUCUCAGCUUGAAUAUCACGUCUGAAGAGUUGAUUGCUCGUCAACGGGCCAUGGCGCGCAAUGCUUGGAAGGUUGAGGUUAGAGACAAAGACCGGAAGUCGAGCGAUGGAGAGAAGGAGGAGCCGUUCCACCUCGAGGAAAUACCAGCCGGGAUAAGAAUGCCCUGCCACACCCCACCGGAUUCUGAUGAUACUCAGGUCCUUAGAACUUGUAUUUUUGAUCUAGAUGCAGGCGGGUGGUGA